ACUAGCUCUAUAAACUCAAGAGGCUAGAGUCGCUACCUUGGGAUAUGCUAGCAGCUAUGGAUUUUGUUCCUUUCCAGUUUUCAACACCUACUACAUUAUUGGUUACAAUAGCAGUGGUCUUAUCUUUUUCUUCAUUCUACCAUAUAAUGCAAUACAUCUCAAGAAAUAAGAAGUCGUCGAGAUCAAUAGCGCCACCGGAGCUAGCUGGUUCAUGGCCUGUAAUCGGUCAUCUUCAUUUGCUGGGUGGAAAAGACCAGCUACUCUUCAGAAGUUUGGGAGACAUGGCUGACAAGUAUGGUGCAGCCUUUACCAUCCGACUCGGUCUGCGUAGGGCACUUGUUAUUAGUAGUUGGGAGGUAGCCAAAGAGUGUUUUACUACUAAUGAUAAAGUUUUCAUGUCUCGUCCAGUUUCAGCUGCUUUAAAGUACAUGGGUUACAACAAUUUAGUCUUUGGUUUCGCACCUUACGGACCUUAUUGGCAGGAACUGCGGAAGAUAGUAAACCAUGAGUUUCUCUCACACUCUAAGAUAGAAUUUCUAAAUCAUGUCUGGGACUCCGAGAUCAAAACAUCCAUUGAAGAACUAUAUAAUAACGUGUGUUUGAAUGUGAAUUCUAUAGUGGAUAUGAAGCAGUGGUUUUUCAAUAUGACGCUAAACAUAUCUUUGAAACUUAUCGUCGGGAAACGGUACCUGGGCAGUUGUUGUUCCAGUGAUGAUGAAGUGGAUCGAGCUAGGAGGUGUCAAAAGGCUGUGAGAGAAUUUUUUAGGUUGGCUCGGUUUGUGCCAUCCGACGGCUUACCUUGUCUCAGGUGGUUAGACUUGGGAGGGUUUGAGAGAGACAUGAAAAAAACUGGAAGAGAACUUGAUGUAUUGCUACAAGGAUGGCUGGAAGAACAUAAAACGAAAAACAAGAUGUCGUCAUUGCCAUCUAAAGAAGGGUACGACAAGGAUGCAGGCGAGCAAGACUUCAUGGAUGUGAUGCUCUCCAUACUUGACAAUAAUGACGUUCACGCAAAAAUAUCUGAUUCUGUCGAUGUUGAUACGAUCAUCAAGUCGACGUGCUUGACUCUAAUCCUGGGAGGAACGGACACAGUCAUGGUGAGUUUAUUGUGGGCUCUAAGCUUACUAAUGAAUCAUCCACACAUAUUGGAAAAAGCCGAAGCUGAGUUAAAUAUGUACGUAGGCAGGGAACGGCAAGUGCAAGAGUUGGAUAUAAAGAACCUCAUGUAUCUACAAGCCAUUAUCAAGGAAACUAUGAGACUAUACCCACCAGGUCCACUAUCAGCUCCUCGCGAAUCCAUGGCAGAUUGUACUAUCGCUGGCUACCACAUUACUACAGGAACCCGUUUAAUCGUCAAUAUUUGGAAGAUUCAACGUGAUCCACAGGUGUGGUCAGACCCGGAAGAAUUCAGGCCGGAGAGAUUUCUGACAGGUGAGCACUUGAAUACAGGUGUAGGACCUCAAGAUUUCAAGCUGAUGCCGUUCGGAUCUGGCAGAAGAAUUUGUCCGGCAAGCUCGUUCUCACUGCAAAUAGUGCACUUAACUCUGGCUCGUUUGAUACAUGGGUUCAAAUUUAGGACGCCAUCAGACGCACCCAUAGAUAUGACUGAGAGUUCAGGAUUAAAUAAUGUUAAAGGCACCCCACUGGAAGUUCUUAUCACCCCAACCCUCAGCUCUAACCUUUAUCAUUGA